AUGUCGAGCAGCAGCGAGUUUUGCUGCGCUACCAUCGCCUCCAACGACGGCUUCAAGGAGGCCGCUGCCAGCACUUCUGUGAUGCUGCAGUUCGAAGGUGUGUCGGUGCUUGCCGAUCCCAACAGCGACUUGGAGGCCGAGCUUCGACAGAUCAACCCUGCCUCGGACAACCCCGACCAGCAGCAUCUGAAAGUCGCUGAUCCUUCGCGGGUCUUCUUUCUCGGGAGCCAGAUCAUGCUGUUACCUCUGCGGCCGUUACAUCCUGGAACAUCGUACAACUUCACGCUUCCAGCCGGGGUCGUGCACCAUUUUGACCAGCCUUUCUCGUUCGUGUUCACGACUCGCCCAGAGGACCAUGUUGCCCCAAGCAUAGUGUGGACUUGGCCGAUGAUGUCAGUCUCCAAGCUCACCAUCGACAGGAUGCUCGUGCACCUCUACUUCUCCGAGGAGGUGAAACCUGGCAUGUCGAAGUUCGUGGUGAUGGAGGACGGUAACGAGAGGUUCCGAUUCGAUGUGUCGCAAGACCUCUGCGAGGAAGGUCUCUUCUUCCGUGGCUGCCUGCGGCUGGACCUUGCUGGAAGGCGGCUGUCUCUGCUUCCAGCCGGGCUCGACGAUCAAGGCUGGUCGGAUGCUUCCAUGGGCCGAUGCCGGAAGGAGAUUCGCAGAGACGUGAUUAGACUCGCGAUAGAUCAUCUCGGAAAUAAUCUGGUUGGUGAGCAAGCCACCAUGCGACUGCGAACUCAGGGCAGCGCUGACGAUGAGGAUUCCGAAUUGCGCCGAGCGGUGAGCUUCUUCCCCAAAGGCUGGGCGGGAGAUGUGGAUGGGGUAAGGUGGACGGAUAGGCACGUGUAUGGUGUGCAAGGAGGGCCGAGGCGUCCAGAGCAGGCUUUGAGGACGAUUAUUGCCAUCACUUCGACGGUUGGGAUGGUCUGCAACAUGCUGCCUGAGGUUCUGGUGCCCUGGCUCUUCUUCGUCGCAUCCUUCGGGCUGAUGGUUUCGAACCGAUCGCGAGCCGCUUUCCUCGCGGGCGAGUCUAUCGAAGUCGCCUUUGCGAACAUCGCCACGAUCUCCGACCUGGCAUACUGCGCGCUGCUGUCGGAUUCCAACUUGGUGGGCAAUUUAGCGUGCCUCAUCGUCGUUUACUAUGUGGUGUUGCCGGUCCGUGCAAUUGCUGGUGCCUGGUUGACUGUGGGCAUCCCCGUCCUCUACCUCGUCUUCACUGUGCCUAAGAGUGAGAAGGAUGGUGGUCUGGCACGAACACUUGGCGUCGCGAUCCGUUUGCUCAUCUGCUGCCUAGUGGGCUUGGUCGGCCGCUGCUACAUUGAGAUGGGCGAGAGGUCGGCCCUCUUACGGGUCCGCAAAGUGGAGGAGGACCUGACCCAAGAGAAGGUUCUUCGCUUUGCCGCCGAGCACGAGAAUGCGAAGGGACCCUUUUCCCACAAGGCCGAGGCUGAGGACUCUGGGGAGCCACAGCAGCCAAACACAGCUGCCGAACGCGAGAACCGCAGUCUCGUCGUUCCCAUCAACGACGCUGCUAGUGCAGUGGCUUCGAUGGCGAGCCGUCCUCUCAGCAGCAUCAUCUUCACCCCGUCCGAGUCGAGGGAAGUGCCGGUCGAGUUGCAGCUGUCGGCCAUCAAGGCCGUUGCUGCCGAAGAGAAAUGGCUCAUCUCCUGGUCCGACGUGACGUUCCAGUCCAACCUGCUUGGAAAGGGCGGAUACGCCAUGGUUGUGCAAGGCCAAUAUGCAGGUGCGCGUGUGGCAGUAAAGAUGCCCUCCAAGGAGCAGCUUUCCACGUCCAAAGAGGUUUCGGACUUCUUUGGCAAGGAGUUGAGGGUGCUUCGCCACCUUCGCCAUCCGUUCAUUGUGAACUUCUACGGCGCUUGUAUAGAGGACACCAAGCAGCUGGUGGUUCUCAUUGAGGAGUACAUUGACGGAUCAAGCCUACACGACAUGAUCCUCUUCCAGAAGGACAGGCGGUUUACCGAGCAGGUCAGGUGGCAGACUCUCAGCUCUGUCGGUCAUGCCCUGAUGUACUUGCACGAUCAGGGGCCAGCCAUCCUGCAUGGCGACCUGUCAGCCAAGAACAUCAUGAUGCGGGCCGACAGAUUGGAGCCGGUGCUCAUCGACUUCGGGAUGGCGGUGCUGCACAAGUCACGGCAGAAACUCCAGGGAGGCUCUCCACGCUGGAUGGCGCCGGAGCUGAUCAGCUCUCUGAGCCAGGGAGGCCUCGCACCAGACUGUAGCGUGGACGUCUUCGCCUUCGGCCGCGUCUGCUUCUUCGUCGCCACCGGGCAGUUGCCGCUGCAAGAAUACACGGUGGACGAGCUGAUGGCGGCCUCAGAGCAGGGGCAGCUGCCCCCAAUGAAGUGGCCCGUGCGGGGCCACAGCUUGGAGGACAGCAGUCUCAUCGCGUUCUGCAAGGAGGAGCUCUGCCCGCUCUGUGUAGCGACCAGCCCAACAGAUCGGUGCAGCUCUGCGCAGGCAGUCAACCUCCUUCAGCUGCAACGACCAGAGCCAAAGUUUGAUGCUCUCAGUGCCGUAGAGUUCGCUUUGGCGGCAGGAAGUCCGGAAGGCAUGCCCGUGAAAAAUGAGCGGAACACGCCUGGAACCAACUCCGAAGAUCAUGGACAGCAAGCAUCUGGCAAUGGUGGCGGGACAUACCACCUGCAAAUCGAAGAGGCAGCCUUCACGGAUGCCGUCACUGUGGGGGAACUCCAGAAGAACUUGCUGGCAGAGUCCGGCUUCCACUUCUCAGUGCACCCGGACACUGACGGUCCAGUGCUGGCAGAAUCAGAGCCAGCAAACAACUCCGGCGACAUCGAUCCCGCGAUGGAGUCCGUACUGCUGAUCUUCGACGAGCCAGUCAAGGUCGUGGACAGCGACUUCGGUGUUCGCAGCGCCGUGGUCCCACGGUUCGGAGCGCGGCCGCGCCUGGAAAUGCCACGAGGUGCCGUCGAUGUCAAUCCGGAGGUGGGAUUUGCUCCGUUGAUCUUCGACUUUGAUGUCGAGGCCCACUGCAUCCAGAGUCAACUGCUCCAUGCUCAGGCCGGGAGCGGCUUCUUCCAGAUCUACAUCUGGCACACUGAGAUUUCGGGUGAAAACGUGACUGUGGAGGCGGUGUUCAUAAAGGAGGAAGUCUUCUUCGUGGUGGCCUCAACAGCGGUGACCGCAGUGCAGCUCUGUCUCAUGCCGGCUGUCCGGAACAUGGUGAUGUUGGAUCCCUUCCCGCUGCCAUUGGCAGAAGGGGCCACCUUCUGGGUUGCCGCAAACCAGACUGCCGUGGUUGGAUCGAACGGCGUUUUGAUUGCUGAAGACUUCAACACUGUCAGCGAGGCAGUUUGGCAAGUGUUCCUCAUGCCCAUCUAA